CUGUCUGGUAUGCCUUAUUCUACGUUCUAGAAUAAAGGAGCUACCCCGCUCUCGGUAGUUUGCUGCUACAAACGAGGGGGUAAUAGUAGUAGAGGAAGAGGAGGCAGAGGAUUCAACCCCGUAACCGCCCCGUAACCGGCUUCUCCUCAUAGAUUGGCUCUCCGUAUGGGUUGGAGUAUGAUACAUUAUUUCCCGAUGUGGAAGACUCUCCGUAAUGGUAUUUCUAAUGAAUAAGCCUCUGAUCAGCCGGGCCGGUAUAGCAAAGAUCGAUGGCAUUUAUAAAUCGAGUGGCUCCUUCGGCUAGGCGGGCGAAUUUUGGUGUCAAGUUCAAAUCGAUUAUACUCGGCCCUACUACCUGCGUGAAGACUCCGCCAUUGACGAGACUAUAUUCCAGUAUGUUGCAAGGAUGUGUAUUGAGGGACACGUUUGCGAAGAGUGAAAGAACUAGUAUAGGGGUCUGGCAGACAUUGCCUGGUCAGAAUGUGUCGAGGGUGUUGGCACGAGCCGGUGUAGAUUGGGUCAUGGUUGACUGCGAGCACGGAAACAUAGACGAUGCUGCAAUGCAUGAAGCUAUUCCAGCUAUCGCCAGCUGUGGAGUAAGCCCGAUCGUGAGAAUUCCAGAUAUGCAAGGGUGGAUGGUCAAGCGCGCACUAGAUGCUGGAGCGCAUGGCAUAUUGGUUCCGCUCCUUCGUUCCGCGGAGGAAGCCAAGAAGAUCGUCAGCGCAGCCAAGUUCCCGCCUCAAGGCCAGCGAGGACUAGGUUCUCCUUUCGCCAUGGAACGCUUCACCCCGGCCCCUAGUUUGACCGAAUACCUGCAGCAAGCAAACGAUUCACUUCUCACCAUGGUGCAGAUAGAGACGCAAGAGGCACUCGAUGCCGUGGAGGAAAUAGCCGCUAUCCCGGGCGUCGACGUGCUGUUUGUGGGGCCCUUCGAUUUGGGCAAUAACAUUGGUCAUCCCAUAAUAGACGGGGUCAUGAAGCCUGAACUAGACCAAGCGAUCGACCGAAUCUUAUCGGCGACUAUCAAGGCGGGCAAAAAGUGCGGCUUCUUCGCCACAAGUGGAGAGCAGGCGAAGGUGUACGCUGAUAAGGGGUUUCAUAUGAUAAGUGCUGCUCUUGACACGACACUGUUGCAAGCCUCGCUUAGCGUGUCGUUGAGUACUGCUCGAGGGCAGCAGGCGCCGAAAGCUGUUGGUAGAUAUUGAUGAUAUCUGCCCAGUCCUUAGCCCUACUAGUUAUCAUAUGUAGGAACGAUAAUUCGUUCAGAUUUCCGUUUGCCCGACCCGACGUCAUGGUAAAGCUUCAUGUGUUUGAGAUUGGUUAUUGAUAUUGCAUGUUCGUAGCCAAUGGAUAUACCUAGUAUUCGUCUCCAGCCAGACUCCUAUGACUCUUCAACGAGGUCCAUUUUGGCCUUGACCUGGUCGGUAGUAAAUCGAUGCAUAAGCUUGACUGCUUUUGAAGCUGAGUCUGGAUGUUCCUCGGGAGCUGAAGAUUUGUUGAUGUGAAUCACAGGAACAUCAAACUCAUACAAAUCCCUCCAUCUCGGCUUGAAAUCAGACUUGAUUAUAUCUAUCUCCUUAAAUUGGAAGGGCCGGGAGUCCCAUACGUUGGAGAGAACCGACCUGGCUUCAGUGCAGAGGCCGCAGUUUUCACGAGUAAAGAGUGUGAUCCUGCAACUCUGAAGUAGCCUGCACGUAGCUCUCAUCUUGAAGUUUGUGUACUACCUAAAGAGCAUUAAAAGAGAGAAGAAUCCGCUUGUACGUAGGCCUUUUAUAUAAAUAAUAGAUAAAUAAGAUUCGAAGGGGUCGUAUGAGAUUUAAUCGUAUGAUGUUUAGCUCAGCUUCAUGAGUUAAUGC